GCGCCCAUACAACAUGACUGUUUUGACGUUUCAAAAUUGCUGUUAUUGAGACAUUAUUGCAAAUCAACUAUGUCACAUAAGAUAUAUUUAAGACAUUUGUGUAUUGUUAUGUAAUAUUGUAUUUAAUGCAAUUGUCACGUUUGCUAUAACUAUGGAAAGAUCUGUUUCACAACUGUAUUCUGUGAUAAAACUACAUUCUCAGAGGUCAAAUAGAGCAUUCAUUCACGUAUCACGUUUAUUUGAUGUUUGUGCGCGACACAAAAGUACAAAAUCUAAGAGGUAUUCAAAGACAUUGAAUUUACCCAAAACUAAUUUUCCUCUUACGAUAAGAGAUGGAGUUGCUGCAAAGAGAGAAAUUGAAAUUCAAAGAGUUUGUGGUUUUGAUAAACUGUAUGCUUGGCAGUCAAGUCAAGAUAGAAGAAGUCAGUUUGUUUUACAUGAUGGACCACCGUAUGCUAAUGGGAAACCACAUGUUGGACAUGCAUUGAACAAGAUUUUGAAGGAUAUCACAAACCGAUACAAGCUACUGAGAGGUUUCAAGGUGCACUACAUCCCUGGCUGGGACUGCCAUGGUCUUCCUAUCGAGCUCAAAGCUCUGGAAGGUGGGAAAACUGAUCAAAAAACUAUGACACCUGUUGAUAUCAGGAAGAAAGCUCGUAGAUUUGCUGAACAGGCUAUUAAGCAUCAGAAAGAAUCAUUUCGCCGGUGGGGAGUGAUGGCAGAUUGGAAUAAUAACUGUUACACAACGUUUAGCCCACAGUACCAGGCAGAUCAAAUUCAAAUCUUUUACAGCUUGUUUGAAAAGGGUUAUAUUUAUCAAGAUUACAUGCCUGUUUAUUGGUCGCCAUCUUCUAGGACAGCCUUGGCAGAGGCAGAGCUGGAAUAUAAUGAGGAACAUGUCAGCAAGUCAGUUUAUGUCAAGUUUCCAAUGGCACAGGUUUCUAACGACAUUAAGAACAUUGCCGGAAAUUCUUCUGUGUAUGCAGUAGUUUGGACAACAACACCGUGGACACUACCAUUUAACCAAGCUAUUUGUUAUGGAGAAGGAAUACAAUAUUGUCUGUGGAAGAGUGGAAAGCACAAUGAAAUCCUUCUUUGUGAGGAAAGUUUUUCUGAAAAACUCGCUUCAUUAAUUGACAGCAAACUACAACUCAGUGGUGUUGUUGAUGGUAGAAAGCUAGAUGGAGCUACAUAUGUUCACCCGAUGAACAACCGAGAACUGCCCUUCCUGGCUGGACACCACGUGGUUAAAGGUAAAGGGACAGGAUUAGUUCACACAGCUCCAGCUCAUGGACACGACGACUUUCAGCUGGCUGUUAGGCAUGGUAUUCCCAUUACAUGUCAUGUAGAUCCUGAAGGACGGUACAUGGAUGAUGUUGGUCAGGGGUUGGCAGGAAAAUAUGUUGGAGAUGAAGCAAACUCUGCAGUUCUUAAAUAUCUGGAAUCUUAUAUACUGCAUGUGGAGGACAUAGUUCACAGUUAUCCGUAUGACUGGAGGACAAAGAAACCUGUGAUAAUCCGCGCCAGUCAGCAGUGGUUUAUAGACACUAGCAAGCUCAGAGACAAGGCUAUUGAGAUGUUAUCAGAUGUAAACAUUCUUCCGAAGUCUUCAGAAAAAGGAAUGUUGUCUCAGCUGGAAAAACGUACCUACUGGUGUAUCUCUCGACAGAGGGUCUGGGGUCUACCAAUACCUGUAUUUUACCACAAAGAAACUGGAGACACACUUAUUAACAAAAAGACAAUCGAUCACUUGUAUGACCUGAUCCGGAAACAUGGUGCUGAUUGCUGGUGGACGUUGCCAAUGUUGGAACUUCUACCCACCUCGUUACUAGAGAAGGAAGGGUUGGGAGAAAGUGACGACUAUGUGAAGGAAAAUGAUAUUCUUGAUAUCUGGUUUGAUAGUGGAGUAUCCUGGGCUACAGUACUGAAAGAUGUUGGGCAGCAGGCUGAUGUGUAUUACGAGGGUCUCGAUCAGUUUGGUUGCUGGUUUCAGACAUCACUGCUCACUAGCACGGCACUCAGACAGACACCACCGUUCAGGAAUCUACUUGCUCAUGGGUUUACAACUGAUGAACAUGGUAAGAAGAUGUCGAAAUCACUUGGCAAUGUGGUGGAUCCUGCUAUUGUAGUCAAUGGUGGCAAGAACAAAGAAUCUGAUCCUGCCUAUGGAGCUGAUGUGUUGCGGUGGUGGGCAGCGAACGCACAGUAUCACACAAACAUCAUGAUCGGGCCAAACAUACUCAACGGAUUCAAUGAAAAAAUGUAUAAAGUUAGAAAAUCUCUGAGAUUUCUCCUUGGCAAUCUGUAUGAAUUUGAGCCAGCUCCUCAAACCAUUCCAUAUGAAGAUCUGCUGCCUCAGGACAAAUACAUGCUGCAUUUAGUGCAUGAGUUUGGUACCCAGGUUACCAAGUGGUAUGAUGAGUUCAGUUACAGUAAAGUGAUUCUUAGUUUAGAGAAGUUUGUAAACACUCAUGUUUCAAGCUACUUCUACACCAUCAAGGACAGAUGUUACUGCAGCAGUAUAUUAGACCCAUCUCGUCUGUCCUGUCUCACCGUACAGUAUCAUCUCCUGGAUGUUUUGGUUAAAACCAUGGCACCCAUCCUGCCUCAUUUUGCAGAGGAGGUUUACAGACAUUACCCCAAAAACAAGCAGAUUUCAGGAGAAACAAGUAUUUUCAAAACACAGUGGUUUGAUACCAAGGAGGAGUGGUGCAAUAAUGACUUGAUGCAGAAUCUGAAGCCAGUGUUUGAUAUCCGUAAUGAUCUUCACGGUGUACUGGGGAGUGAGGACCCGGUCGAGUACGACAUCGCCAUCUUUGCCAGUCGGAUUCUGCACGAUAUUCUCAGAGAAUUCCAAAAGGAGGUCACAUCAAGUACCUCCGCCCUGAAUGAGAUUCUGCAGACGUCUCAAGCCAGUGUGUUAGACAAACCUCCGCCCGUGAUUCCUGACGACUCGCAGAUUGUUGAUGGAGUCUGUAAUGUCUACAGUGAAAAAUCCUCAGGGACUGUUUUAAUGCCAGAGGAAUACAAACUGAUAAUAAUGCCUGCCGAAGGUAACAUCUGUGAACGAUGUCGUCGAUACACAGCCAAGUCGGCAAGCAGUCCAUGUGAACGGUGUAUUGACGUGCUUGCAGGACACUGGGAAUAGCAGACACAGUGUUGAACACGUGUGCUUGUUACUUCCAAAAAUAUCUUGUCUUCAGCCAUCCAGUCAGCUCAACAUUUUACAGUUCAAUUUUUUGUGGCAUUUAUUUUUACUUGACAAAAUUGUUGAAGACAGAUUUGUGUCAUUCUGUGAUGUUUAGUGAAUGGGACAUUAACUAUUCUGUGAGGAUUUGUUAGCAUCAUAAAACUAUUCUGUGAUGUUUUGAUAGGAUUAACUAUUCUGUGAUGUUUGUCAAAGUUACAAUGGGGAAUUCCUGACAAUUUAUACAUGAAUGUACUUGUAAUUUUCUAGAUGAAAUGUGAUGGUAGCUUUGAUUUCAAUGCUGCAAACAACUUUGUUAUUCUAGCAAACUUCGGGGAAAAAAGGAAAAUUGCCAUCAAUAUUAUUGACUCGUAGUUAGAUAUUACUGUUAUUGUGUCAUGUGAUAGUGGCAUGGGAUGAUACGUGUUGUGGAGUUAUUUGUAGUUUUGAAAAUACAAUGUAAUUGUAUUUUUAUAUUUUCACGCAUUUGAAUUGUGAAAAUUUUAACUAGAACUAUAAAAUAAAUCAUUUUAGUGCUCUAUCUAGAAUUCCAUUGUUGGCUUAUCUAAGGUUUUUAGCCCAUGUACUUAAAAAACAAGUGUUUUCAGUAAUGUUUGGUCUCUUUGUGUAAUCUCCCCUAUGUAACAUGGUGAACAUAGCUAUCAUGCAGGAAUAUUUAACUAUCUAUAAUUUGGGUUAAUUUUAUGUCUUUUACAUAUUUUAUGUGUAAUGAAUAUAAUUAUGGAUAAUUAACAGUAGUUACUUUUCCUUUUUUUCUUUUAAUAAUCGUUCACAUUUUGUUUGCGAGUCCAGGGCUCAGUUUGUUCUUCAAAAAGAGGGAUUUAAUUACAUCCCCCCACCUCCGUAUAUGAUAAAUCCAGUAUCUCAGUGCAGAAAGCAAUACAGUACAGUAACUGUUUUUGUAGCAGGUUACUUAUAGCUAUAUUCUUAUAGCAUAAGAUAUAUCUAUAUUUUAUGAUAAAAUAUAAUAAACUUUUGUAUUAAAAAUU